UUACACACCCAGCAGCAGGCGGAGGACGCCAGAGACUCCAUCGCCAGAGUUGUCUACUCUCGUAUGUUCGGCUGGAUUGUCACAAAAGUCAACGAGCUCCUGGCUGGUGAUGUGGAACGCGGGGCCAAGUUGCAGGAAAUAGGUAUUUUGGACAUUUUUGGUUUUGAGAACUUUGCUGUGAAUCGCUUUGAGCAAUUGUGUAUAAACCUGGCCAAUGAGCAGCUGCAGAACUUCUUCAACCAUCACAUCUUCCUGAUGGAGCAGCAGCAUUAUCUGCAGGAAGGGAUCCAGCAAGAUGCCGUCUCCUUUGUCAACACCAGCCGAUCUUGGACCUUUUUCUGUCCCGGCCGGCCGGCAUCCUCUCCAUUCUCGAUGAGCAGACCUCCUUCCCGCGGCCUCGGAUGCCACUUUCCUGGAGAAGCUUUGCAUCGAAUGUAAAACAAAUCCGCACCUGGAACGAGCGCGAGGAAGGGACCCCGGAUUCAUCAUCCACCACUAUGCUGGGAAGGUCCAGUACACAGCAGACGGGUUUCUGGAGAAGAACCGAGACACCGUCCCCACCAACAUCCAGAACCUCUUCAUCAACAGCGCCACCGGGCUACUCGGCCUCCUCUUCGCAGCCAGUAUAUCCCGGACAGGAACACUGAUGCCG